AUGGCAUCUGACAUGGCAACGGCCGCGCAGCUCGCCGGUAGCGCCUCGCGGAGUCUUGCCCAAGCCCUCGAGUCGCCGACCAGCGCGCUUGCCGGCCCGAUGAGCUCGGAAACGGGCGUGGUGACAGCUACUCAGGGCGCAUCCGGCCUACUUGGCUGGUUUGGCUUCCUUGGCUGGCUGCUGCUGUCCAUCAUCAACCUCGUAACCACAAUCCUUUACUGGGUCAUCCGCAUUGCCACGUUCAACGUACCAAUGAUCCUUUACACCCUCUUUUCCACGAGCUGGACGGUGACCAUGAACGCCACGACGCUGAUGCUUAUCGUCGUGGGCAUCGUCUCCGCCGUGAGCUGGGUCGUGCGCUACCGCAUCCUCAACAUGUACUCGCGCCUCCCGCCCGAGCCCCAGCGCAAGGAGCCUGAGAUUGACCUCUUCCCUGACACCCACGAGGAGGGUAUCAAAUCUGGUCUCUCAAGCUACCUGGACGAAUUCCUGAGCGCCAUCAAGAUCUUUGGCUAUCUCGAGAGGCCCGUCUUUCACGAGCUUACCCGGAGCAUGCAGACACGCAAGCUGAUUGCCGGGGAGACGAUCAAUCUUGAGGAAGAAAAGGGGUUCUGCAUCGUCGUGGAUGGUCUCGUCCAGAUCUUCGUCAAAUCUGGCCGUGACCCGCGAGCACCCGCUCGCGGGCACCGUCACCCAUACAUGGACUCGUCCGACGAGGAGGAGCAUGCUCCCAACCAGCAGCGUUACCAGCUGUUGACCGAGGUUCGAAACGGAGCGCCCAUGUCAUCACUCUUUUCUAUCAUGUCCUUGUUCACGGAAGACGUGAAGCUUCAACACGGCGAGGACGACUCGCCACGAAGAGGAUCUUCGUCUCAGCACCAUCGCCACGACGUUGCACCGAAAGAGCCUGCGGCAUCUCGGGCACCUCUGGUACCAGUCUCUAUGCCGAAUACGCCGCAUCUGGACGCGAGCGCCGGACACCCGACCCUCCGACCCGGAGAUGCGGCGCAGCUUCAUGCCGGUUUUAAUGGGCCCACGUCGAGAAUCCCGCCAAUGUCCCUCGACUCGUCAAGUCUCUCAGGGCAGCAUGCAGCAAGAAGACCCGGCCCGCCGCGCAGGAUGACCUCGAGUUCUGCGCACCCGGACAUCAUCGCCCGAGCUACAGUCGACACGACCAUUGCCAUCAUCCCAGCGAGCGCGUUUCGUCGUCUUAUUCGGAUAUAUCCCAAGGCCACGGCACACAUUGUCCACGUCAUUCUUUCUCGCUUUCAAAGGGUCACGCUGUCGCACGCGUUUAACUAUCUCGGCCUGACCAGCGAGGUUUUGCAAACCGAAAAGUGCAUGAUCAAGUACACCAUUUGUCAGCUCCCCAACAUGCUGCGUGGGGAUCCCUUGAUGCGGCUCAAGGAGAAGUUCAGCCGUGAGCGCGAGAAGAUCACGGGCGACCAGGAGGCCAAGGGGAUUGCAUUGCACAACGCCGGCGCCUCGCGUAGGCGCCGGUCCAGCAGCACUACCUUGCGGAAAGAGGCCGCGCUUCUGUCCAUGGCUAAGCAACGGCCGACUUCAAUGUCCGGCAGCCCGCUUUCGCCCACUCAGGAGCAUACAUCUCCGCAUCGACCGAACCCGGGCGACUUGGCCAACUCCCACCUGGCUCGGCCCGUCGGUCGUACGGCCACAGCCGGAGCAGCCCUACUUUCGUCGCCGGAGGCGAUGAGGAAGGAGGCCCAGAGCCCUCUGGACCAGAGGUCGUUCAACCCUUUUGAUUCCCAGAGGCAUGCGCGGAUCUCGAUGGACCCUCGUGAGUCAGCGGAUGAGGACAAUAUCUUCAGGACCUCUAUUCUCGAGUCCAUGUUCAAGUCCUUGGGCCUGGACGGCGGUGGUACGGCGUCAGGAGAGCCCGAAUCCGUCGAGGGAUCUCCCCGACUGUCUUCUAUGGACCAAAGACGGCACAGAACUUUCCACGCGAACAAUGCGUUCGGGUUCAUGGGGCCGUUCGACAGCUCGGCCGACGGUGAAACUGAGUCGUUGACCUCUGGCGGCAUGACGACCCAUACACCGCCAAACGCCCAGGUCCUCUCCAGUGAGAUGAGAGAUGAAGUGGAGAUCGUCUUCUUCCCAAAAGGCUCCGUCCUCGUAGAACAGGGCGAGCGCAAUCCAGGGUUGUACUACGUGAUUGACGGGUUUCUGGACAUCGGCACGAGCACCACCGGUAACCAAGGGUCCCAGAACAUUUUCAAGACAUCCAGCUCCGAUCCAGUUGGAUCUCAGUCUUUCGCCUCGGCCAUGCAAAACGGGGAAGAUGAGGGCGCCGAGCAUCGAUCAGAAUCACAAAAGACGUCGCCCAGCCGCCGAAAUGUCGCGCUAGUCAAGCCUGGAGGCCUGGCCGGCUACAUUGGCAGCGUUUCUUCGUACCGUUCCUUCAUUGACGUCGUUGCCAAGACUGACGUCUAUGUCGGCUUCUUGCCGCGCGCAUCGCUGGAACGAAUCGUCGACAGAUACCCUAUCGUCCUUCUCACCAUGGCAAAGCGGUUGACUCACAUCCUUCCGCGCCUUAUCCUGCACAUUGACUUUGCCCUGGAAUGGGUACAAGUGAAUGCAGGUCAGGUCAUUUACCACAACGGCGACGAAAGUGAGGCCAUAUACGUCGUCCUGAACGGCCGGCUGAGACUCGUGGAAGACAAGAAAGACGGUGGGAUGACUGCUUUGGCAGAAUACGGCCAGGGUGAGAGUGUGGGCGAGUUAGAGGUCCUUACGGAGACGGCUCGCACGGGAACUUUGCACGCUAUACGCGACACUGAGCUCGUGAAGUUACCGCGGACUUUAUUCAACAGCCUCGCCCAGGAGCAUCCCAACAUCACAAUCAAAAUCUCCAAGAUAAUCGCGUCACGGAUGAGGGCAGCAGUGGAUGAUCCGACUAAUAAUACUGGCAAGGCGGCAGGCUCCAGUGCCGUAAACAACCAGAGGAAGUCGACGAUGAACCUGCGGACAGUGGCCAUCCUCCCAGUCACCGCUGGCGUGCCUGUUGUCGAGUUCGGAAACCGCUUGAUGAACGCCCUGGCUCAGGUCGGGCCUCCCAACGGCGCCACGUCGUUGAACCAGGCCGCCAUCCUCAAUCACUUGGGCAAACAUGCCUUCAACAAGAUGGGCAAGCUCAGGCUGUCGCAAUAUUUGGCCGACUUGGAGGAGAAGUAUUCGCUGGUCGUCUACAUCGCAGAUACCAAUGUCAAUUCGCCAUGGACACAGACGUGCAUCACUCAGGCCGACAGCAUUCUGCUCGUGGGAUUAGCAGAAGGUUCUCCCGAAAUCGGAGAAUAUGAGCGAUUCAUGCUCGGUAUGAAGUCGACGGCUCGCAAGAUGCUCGUCCUCCUUCAUACCGAGAGAUUCUCUAGAUCGGGCCUCACCAGGUCCUGGCUACGAAAUCGCAUGUGGAUCAAUGGAGGACAUUACCACAUUCAGAUGCCCUUUAGCACCACUGCGUUGCCGGUACAUCCGCCGUCCAAGAAGCUAGGUCAAGCUCUCAAGGAGCGGGUGCAAGUCUUGCAAGCCGAGAUUCAGAAGUACACCUCUAGGAAGGUCCACCAUACGCCAUACUACUCGCCAGACAGCCCGUACAAGAGUGACUUCCAUCGGCUCGCGCGAAGGUUAUGCGGCAAGUCAAUCGGGCUUGUGCUCGGCGGAGGUGGUGCACGCGGCAUGAGCCAGAUUGGCAUCAUCCGCGCCUUGGAGGAGGCCGGCAUCCCGAUCGACCUGAUCGGAGGCACCUCAAUUGGUGCCUUUGUUGGCGCGCUAUACGCCCGACAUGCUGAUGUUGUGCCCAUGUUUGGCUUUGCCAAGAAGUUUGCUGGCCGCAUGGCGAGCUUGUGGCGGUUCGCUCUGGACCUGACAUAUCCGUCAGCAUCAUACACCACUGGCCAUGAGUUCAACCGCGGCAUUUUCAAGACGUUUGGCAACACGCAGAUUGAAGACUUUUGGUUGGAGUACUAUUGCAACACGACCAACAUUAGCAAGAGCCGGGCAGAGUUCCACACAAGCGGCUAUGCAUGGCGGUACAUCAGGGCGUCCAUGUCACUGGCCGGCCUGCUGCCGCCGCUUUGCGACGAAGGUAGCAUGCUUUUGGAUGGCGGCUACGUGGACAAUUUGACGGUGUCGCACAUGAGGGGUCUCGGUGUCGAGACCAUCUUUGCCAUCGACGUCGGCGCUUUGGACGAUGACACGCCACAGAGUUAUGGCGACUCGCUGUCAGGAAUGUGGGCGUUUUUCAACCGAUGGAACCCAUUCUCGUCGCAUCCCAACCCACCAACGCUGGCAGAGAUCCAAGGCCGCUUGGCAUAUGUGUCAAGCGUGGACGCGCUAGAACGGGCCAAGACAAUGCCGGGGUGCAUCUACAUGCGCCCUCCAGUGGAUGACUACGGGACACUCGACUUCCACAAGUACGACGAGUUGUACCAGAUGGGGUACAGGUUUGGAAAAGAGUUUCUGCAAAAGCUGCGGGAAGACGGUGCGCUCCCGCUGGUGGAGGAACCCGGAACAAAGGGGUCGAUGCGAAGAACCAAGGCGCCGAGGCGUGCAAGUAUCUAG